AUGGUAUUUCAACAUGUCGUUAAACACGAAGAAGGAGAAUUAAGAAAAAAGUUGAUGUUUUUCCUACCUCAAAUGUCCCUGUCGGACUUGCAUUCUGCAACUCUACGUUUAUCCAUUCAUCCCAACAAUAGUGGGGUAUUGCAUUUGCUGCAUCAAAAUCAUCUAGUCAACACGCUUAAUCUCAGUACGCAUCGGGGUGAAGAACUUGAUUUGUUCAAGAUAGUGGGCCAGUGGAUCGAGCAGCCUGACAGUAAUCAAGGAUUAACAUUAGAGUGCGCGAGUUGCCAAUCUAUUCCUACAGAAGCCACUUUACACGUGGUAUCCCACCGAAGAAUGAAGAGACAGGUUAAAAACAGAAGAUCAAAAUGCAAGAGAAAUUAUGAUUGUUGCUUAAAAAAACUCAAAGUUAACUUUAAAGAGAUCGGUUGGAACUGGAUAUACAGACCAGAAUCUUUCGAUUUUUAUUACUGUAAAGGAAAAUGUCGUAACGAUACUUCUAUACUUAGCCAAAAUGCGUUGAUCAGGAGUAUUUUGAGGAGCAGAAGUAUAAAAGUGCCUAGACUGUGUUGCGCGCCGAAAAGGACAGGUUCUCUCAGGAUUCUACACUACACAGAUUCGGACCCUCCAAAAUUAGUAGUUAGAAAAUUGAAGGGUAUGGUUGUCAAGAGCUGCGGCUGUCAAUAAUAUAUGCAAUGUCAAAUCUCAAG